AUUUAUUUUUUAUACUGUAAAAUAUUUUUGCAGAAUUGUAAUGAAAAUCUGAACAUGCGAUUAUAUUGUAUUGAACUCUUGAAAUAAAGUAUUAAAAAAAAAUAACUUGCGCGGGAGAUUUCUUCCGGUUUCGUGGUGACGUCAUGGGGCGUGUCGUAGUGUUGUGGCGCGGCUGACUCUACUUUCAGCAAACAUCUCAGCAGCACUCAGUCUCGAGAGAAGCAGAAAAACUUCCGAGUACGUACAGUAUUUUGAAGACUAUGGAGGAAACCCAGCAGCCGGGUCCGGCUCAACUAAACGGUAGCGGCCCAACUAAGAAGAGGGAAGACUACCUGGAAUGGCCAGACUACUUUAUGGCUGUAGCCUUUCUGUCGGCCCAAAGGAGCAAAGACCCAAGCUCACAGGUGGGGGCGUGUGUAGUGAACCAGGAGAAUAAGAUAGUUGGCAUCGGUUACAACGGGAUGCCCAAUGGCUGCGAUGAUGACCUGCUGCCCUGGGCCCGUAGUGCUGACGACCGACUCGACACUAAAUACCCUUAUGUGUGCCACGCAGAGCUGAAUGCCAUCAUGAACAAGAACAGCGCCGAUGUGAAAGGCUGCACUAUCUAUGUGGCUUUGUUCCCCUGCAACGAGUGUGCCAAGCUCAUCAUCCAGUCCGGUAUUAAGGAAGUGGUUUAUCUUUCUGAUAAAUACCACGACAUACCAGAGAUGACUGCUUCCAGAAAGCUGCUCAGUAUGGCACCGUAUAAAUUACAGGUGAGUGACAAGCAGUUCAAGCCCAAGAGGACUGAGAUUGUCAUUGAUUUUAAUUCCAUUAACCACCCUGGAAUGCUGAGCAGCGCGACCAAGUGAAAAUGCAAACAGCUCACCUUGAGGAGCUGCUGAAUGAGGCGAGAAGUGGUGUGGUGAAUCAGAUCUCCUCAUGGCUGUCUGCACAGG